AUGGUCGGGAUCAACGAGAAGAUUGAUGUUAUCAAGGCCCGACACAACACAAAGGAGCAGGACGAUGCCUCAUUGGCUACCAAUAAGGACAGCGAUGGCGAAGAUGGGAAGAAAGAGACGCACAACGCGGAGAACGGGGAGGACGAGCAUAUGCGUUUACGCGAUAUGAAGGGCGAGUACAGCUACCACAAGCGAGAUCACUGGUGGCAACUAUGGAGACCUUCCAAGCCCCCUCCUCCGCCGCCAGAGUCGUUCGCCGACGCACCGGAACUGCCGCUGGCCAAGGCUAAUUUCCUUUCGGUGCUCACAUUCCAUUGGGUGUCGCCUCUGAUGCGGUUGGGGUAUCAGCGGCCAUUGCAGGCGACUGAUUUAUGGCGGGUCGAUCCAUCGCGCGAGGCCGAUUACAUGUCAACCAAGUUCCUCAACAACCUCGAGAACCGACAGGCGAAGGCCAAGGCGUGGAACGAAUCGCUGCCAACCGCCAAGCCACCACUGCACAAACGCGUGCGCUGGGCGGCCAAGUCGCUCCGUCCCCUGCCAGACGAGGCGAAGAAGUACGAGAGCGGCGCGGGGUACGGCGCCAGGCGGGCGGCCUUCGAGGCUGAAUGGCGCGCCGACAGUGGGAAAAAGCACGGCUCGAUUGCUGGCGCGCUCAACGAGGCUUUUCCCAGGUACUGGCUGGGUGGGCUGUUCAAACUCGUUGCCGACGAGGCGCAGCUCAUGGCCCCGCUGCUCAUCAAGGAGAUCAUCCGUUUUAGUCAAGCGACAUACGCUGCCAAGCGCGGGGUUGGAGAGAAGCCGCACAUUGGUCGUGGGAUUGGGCUGGCAUUCGGGUUACUCCUGCUGAGCAUGGUCCAGAGUGUGUGCCAGCACCAGUUCUUCUUCCGGUCCAUGACGCACGGCGCCUUGUUCCGCGCAACUCUGAUUAGCGCUACAUACAAACGUGCACUCAGACUCAGCGUGGGCGCACGGCGCACCCACCCGAACGGCACGCUCAUGGCGUACCUCUCCAGCGACAUUAGCCGGAUUGACUACUGUGCUCACUGGUUCCACGUCAUGUGGACCGCACCGAUCCAGCUCGCAGUCACGCUUAUCCUCCUGUGUCUGCAGAUCGGACCAAGUGCCAUCGUUGGCUUCGUCGUUUUCGUCAUCCUCGCGCCUGUCCAGACAUACUUUAUGCGCACGAGCUUCAAGGUUCGCAAGGGAUCUAUGAAAUGGACAGACGGCCGCUCCAAGCUUCUCUCGGAGCUGCUCGCGAGUAUGCAGAUCAUAAAGGCAUUCUGCUACGAGUUGCCUUUCCUGAAACGCCUGGCCUUCGUGCGCGGGCAGGAGAUGACAGCGGUGCGCAAGUUAUUGUUCAUCCGCGCGGGCAACCAGGCGCUCGCGUAUAGCGUCCCGGUCAUGGCGGCCGUGCUGUCCUUCGUGACGUACUCGAGCACGCACGAGAACAUGGACCCCGCGCUCAUUUUCACGUCGCUCGCCUACUUCAAUCUCCUGCGACAGCCACUCAUGUUCCUCCCUCGCGCACUGUCAACGUUGGCAGACGCACAAGCUGCCGUGCUCCGCCUCGAAAGCUUGUUUGAGGCGCCGUUAAUGGACGAGAAGGAACUGAUCAAUCCCGACUUGGACGUGGCUAUCCGUGCCAAGAACGCGACGUUCCAGUGGGCCACUGUGCUCGAACCGGAGACUGUCGACAAGGAGAGUGGCGUCGGGGGAAGGGGCGGAAGAGGUGGCGUAAGAGGUGGCAGGGGAGGAAGGGGCGGUAAGGUGGGGGGGAGAGGCAAGCGGGCCACAGAAACCAAGAUGGAACAGAAGAACGACAGCGAGGAGAAGGAACCGUUCAUGGUGCAGAAUCUCAGCCUCGAGAUUUCGCGCGGACAGCUCGUUGCGAUCGUGGGGCCCGUCGGCGCGGGCAAGUCGAGCAUUCUCCAGGGUCUCCUUGGUGAAAUGCGGCAUAUCUCUGGCACAGCAGAGUUCGGUGGCCGCCUAGGAUAUUGUCAGCAGACUGCGUGGAUUCAGAACGCGACGCUGCGGGACAACGUCCUCUUUGGUCAGCGCUGGGACGAGGCGCGCUACUGGGAGUGUAUCCGGCGUGCGUGCCUCCUUCCCGACCUUGAGAUCCUGCCUGACGGCGACCUGACCGAGAUUGGCGAGAAGGGCGUCAACCUUUCCGGCGGGCAGAAGCAACGCGUGAACAUUGCGCGCGCGCUGUACUUUGACGCGGACACUGUGCUGUUCGACGACCCGCUGAGCGCGGUCGACGCGCACGUCGGCAGACUGCUGUUCAACGAGGCAGUCAUGGGCCUGCGAGCGGCAGGCAAGACCGUCGUGCUCGUCACACAUGCGCUCCACUUCCUCCCCCAGGUCGACUACGUGUACAUGAUCCAGCAUGGGCAUGUGGUUGAAGAGGGGACGUACGAUGCGCUCUUGGCGAGCGAGGGCCCGUUCCGGCGGCUCGUGAAAGAGUUCGGCGGCACGGACGCCAAGCAGGAAGAGGACGGCCGGGAAGAGGGGGCCAUCGAGGAGGCUCCUGUCGACACGGCCGACGCCGAGGCCAAGGCGCAUGAGAAAUUCAUGGGUUGUACUAAGGCGGCUGGUACAGGCAAGCUUGAAGGCCGGCUCAUGACGUCUGAGGUGCGCAAGACCGGCCGCGUCGGGGGCAAGGUGUAUGGCGCGUACCUCCGUGCCGGCAAUGCGACUUGGAUGCUCCCGCCGGCCCUACUUUUCGCUGCCGCCAUGCAGGCUGGCAGCGUGCUCAGCACAGUGUGGCUCACCUGGUGGGAGGCAGACACGUUCGGCAGGAGCACAGCUUUCUACCAGGGCAUGUACGCGAUGCUGGGUCUGGCCGCGACGAUAUUUAUCUUCGGCCUCGGUGUUACCAUGGGCGUGAUGGCCUACUUUGCCAGCCGGAACCUGUACGGCGGCGCAGUGCGGAACGUAUUCUUCGCCCCGAUGAGUUUCUUCGACACCCAGCCCCUGGGCCGCAUCAUGGGUGUGUUCGGUAAGGACAUUGACAUAAUCGACAACCAGCUCCCCGACAGCCUGCGGCUGCAGGUAUUCACGCUCCUUUCGCUCAUCGGCUCGGUCGUAAUCAUCACAGUCUACUUCCACUACUUUAUCGCCAUCAUCUUCGUCGUAGGGGUUGGAUACUGGUACUUUGCGCAGUUCUACCGCACAAGCGCGCGCGAAGUCAAGCGCCUCGACUCGAUGCUCCGCUCCCUCCUCUACUCGCACUUCUCCGAGAGUCUCUCGGGUCUGGCCACCAUCAGGGCGUACGGCGAGACUGACCGCUUCGUCCGCGACAACUGCUACUACAUGGACCUCGAAGACCGCGCGUACAUCCUCACAUCGAGUAAUCAGCGCUGGCUUGCUGUGCGCCUCGACUUCCUCGGUGCGCUGCUGGUGUUUGCGGUCGCGAUUAUGAGUGUUGCAGGCGGAACAGGACUGAGCGCGUCCCAAAUCGCCCUCUGUCUAACGUACAUGACGCAAAUCACCCAGAUCCUGGGCAUGGUGACGCGACAGAGCGCUGAGGUCGAGAAUAACAUGAACGCUGUCGAGCGAAUCCAGCUCUAUGCCGGGCGCGGAAUUCCGCAAGAGGCCGCGUACGAGGUGAAGGACGAUCCGCCACCGGAGUGGCCGACACAAGGCGCUGUCACAUUUGACGACGUCGUCAUGUCGUACCGCAAGGGCCUGCAACCGGUCCUCAAGGGAAUUUCCGCCCGCUUCGAGCACGGCGAGAAGGUCGGCAUCAUCGGGCGCACGGGCGCUGGCAAGACAUCCAUCACCGUCGCUCUGUUCCGCCUCGCCGAACUCACUUCGGGCCGCGUCACGGUCGACGGCGUAGACGUAUCGAGCAUCGGUCUGAAGCGGCUGCGCUCCGCGAUCGCAAUUAUCCCACAGGACCCCGUGCUUUUCAGCGGGACGCUGCGGACCAACCUCGACCCGUUCGACGAGCAUACCGAUGCUGAGCUGCAUGAUGCCAUGGGCCGCGCCUGCCUCCUCGAGGAGGAGGCGAGUAGGCGGUUCACACUCGACAUGGCGAUUGAUGACGAGGGCUCCAAUCUGAGUAUCGGGGAGCGGUCGCUGGUAAGCCUGGCCCGUGCGCUUGUCAAAGACGCGCGUAUUGUUGUGCUGGACGAGGCUACGGCUGCUGUGGACCUCGAGACGGACGCCAAGAUCCAGCAGACGAUCCGACGCGAGUUCGGCCACAAGACCCUCCUCUGCAUAGCCCACAGGUUGCGCACCAUCCUCUCGUGGGACCGCAUCCUGGUGAUGGAUGCGGGACAAAUUGUCGAUUUCGACACACCGCUCGAGUUGUACGAUCGCGGAGGACACUUCCGGAGCAUGUGCGAGCGCUCGAGUAUUACGCGCGAGGAGAUCGAGCGCGCGCGGCAGGAAGAGACGUUUAGUUGA